AUGGCGCCAAACCGGUCAAACAAGCAGAACAAGAAGGGCGCGGCCACCGCGAGCCGUACUUUCGACGAAGCGGCUCUCUCGCAACUCACAGCCAAGAUCGACAAGAAUCUGUCCAAGUCAGAAGAGGCCCCUGGCUCAGGGAAGCGCAAGCGUGACGACAGGGACGGCAGCGACCACAAGUCCAAUAAGAGGCAAGCUCAGCCUCAGGGAGACCGCAAGGACCGAAAGAGAAGCGAUAAGCCCAAGCAGAGUGCAGACGAGAAAUUGAAGACGCUUCUGGAGGAGAUCAAGGCACUUGGCGGCGAUGAAGGCGAUCUAGACCUUGUGGCGGGCAUUGACUCGGACGCUGAAGAGGGAGCAUCAGCCUGCAAGACCGAACAACCGCUUGACGAUUCCUUCAAGUCUGAGCUAGCGAAAUUUGCCUCGGGACUCGGUUUCGACAAAGUGCGAGACGAUGAAGAGGAGGAAGAAGAGGAUGAGGAGAAUAGAGACGCAUAUGACGAGGAUGACGAUGAAGAGGACGAGGACGACGAGGAAGUCGAUGAAGAAGACCAGGUGUCGUCACAGCCGGCGCCCACUCCAGUAGAGGAUCCCAAAGGCCGCAAAGCCAAGUCAAAGUUGAUCUUUGAAGCCCGCCCUGACUGGCAUGGCCUCAGCCAAGAUGGCCUACCGCAGCCAACCACAGACGAGAUUAGCGAGCACUCCCAAACGAUCUCCAGCAUGAAGACGUUUGCACAGGGUCUACUAGACACGGACACUACCGCAUACAACACCAGCGUCGCAGCAUCGUCAACCCGCAAGUUCAUGUCGACAAUCAUGUCCUCCGGUACUAUGUCCGAUAAGGUGUCGGCCCUGACCCUUGCUGUACAAGAGUCCCCCGUACACAACAUUAAGGCCUUAGAGAACCUCAUGAACCUUGCAGGCAAGAAAAGCCGAGGACAAGCCAUUGCUGCCCUGGGAGCUUUGGUCGAUCUGCUGGGAAAUGGCGUCGUUCUGCCCAAUGACCGCCGCUUGAGAUCGUUCCAUAUGCAGCCAGGCUUGCUCGGAGCUUUGCAACAUGGCUCGGUCACUCAUUGGAGGCCGGGUCAAAAGCUUCCCGGCCAGAUCACGGAAGCCCAUCUCAUUAUGUGGGUUUUUGAGGACUGGCUUAAGGAUGCCUACUUUAAGAUUAUUCAGCUACUUGAAGUCUGGUGCGGCGACGAGAUCGAGUACUCGAGAUCCAGGGCGCUCGACUUCGUCUUUGGUCUGUUGCGAGACAAGCCAGAGCAGGAGGCCAACCUGCUACGUCUUCUCGUGAACAAGCUUGGAGACAGGGAGCGAAAGAUCGCAUCCAGGGCAUCAUACCUUCUCCUCCAGUUGCUUAACAUUCACCCAGGAAUGAAGGCCAUUGUCAUCAAUACGAUUGAGCAGGAAGCCCUACUGCGUCCUGGCCAAAGCAUCCGUACGAAGUACUACGCUAUCAACACACUGAACCAGACGAUUCUGAGCACCAAAGAGCCAUCCACCGCUGAUACCCUGAUCCGGAUAUAUUUCGACCUCUUUGUUUCCCUCCUGAAGGCUGGUGCGCUGGAAUCGGUGGACACCUUUGUGGGUGAUCAAGCCAACGGAAAGCAAGACAAGAAGAAGCCUGCCAGCAGAAAGCCAAAGCCUGGGCAAAAGAAGGAUGUCAACGCUGCCAACGAGCGUGAGACUGCUGAGAAGCUGGUCUCUGCCAUCCUGACGGGCAUCAACCGUGCCAUUCCGUUUGCGGCAACCGACGAAUCAACACUGGAGAAGCAUCUCGACACUCUAUUCAGGAUUACCCACUCUUCCAACUUCAACACAAGCAUCCAGGCAUUGAUGCUUAUCCAACAGGUUGCAACCACCAAGCAGUUGGCUAUUGACCGCUUCUACCGAACUCUGUACGAAUCUCUGUUGGAUCCAAGGUUGAUCACGUCGUCUAAGCAGGCGCUAUAUCUUAACCUUCUCUACCGCUCUCUGAAGAAUGAUGUUGAUGUUCGACGGGUCAAGGCAUUUGUCAAAAGGAUGCUCCAAAUCGUCAACAUACACCAGCCAUCUUUCGCCUGUGGUGUGCUGUAUCUCGUCUUUGAGCUGGAGAGCACGUUUCCGGAUCUCAAAACGCUUCUCAACGACCCUGAAGAUAACGAGGAUGAUGAAGAGAUCUACCGAGAUGCGGAUGUGGACGGUGAAACCAAUGGUGCACCAGUCAACGACGAGCCCAAACUCAACAAAAGAGCUUAUGAUGGGCGAAAGCGAGAUCCCGAAUACAGCAAUGCCGAUCAAAGCUGUCUCUGGGAACUGGUUCCGUUCUUGAACCACUUCCACCCCUCCGUAAAAGUCUUUGCAUCGAACCUGUUGGUCAAGCAAAAGAACCUACCCAAGCCGGAGCUGGCCAACCACACGCUGAUGCACUUCCUUGAUAAGUUUGUCUACCGCAACCCCAAGGCAGCAGAAACGAAGCGCGGUACGUCGAUCAUGCAGCCGGUAUUGGCCGCCGGCAGCUCGUCACAUAUUGUCGCGCCCGGCAAGGAUGCGGCUCGGCACCAGCCCACCGUCAACUCUGCUGCUUUCUGGAACAAGAGGUCGGAGGAUGUCGCCGCUGAGGACAUCUUCUUCCACCAAUACUUCACGCAGGUCGGCAAGCCGGCCGAGGCGGCCAAGGCCAGGGCCAAGAAGGAGGCUGCUGAGCAGGAAGACGAGGAUUCAGAGGCCGAAGACGAGAUCUGGCAGGCCAUGCUGGGCUCUCGUCCCGAGAUCCAAGGCGACGAGGACGCAGACGUGGACAUGGAGGAUAUGGACGAGGAGGGCGACUCGGAGCUGGCGGAGCUGCUCAACAUGUCCGACAGCGACGAGGACGGCUCUGACGUUGAGGGCAUGGACGAGGACAUGGGCUCCGAUAUGUCGGAUGGUGGUGUUGAGUUCCACGACUUCAGUGGAGAUGAGGACGAGGAAGCCGAGCCAGAGGAGGACGAGGAUGAAGAAGAAGAAACAAAGGGCAAGGGCAAGUCGGCUUCCAAGGCGAGCAGGGAGCGCAAGAAGAAGCUCAAGGCUCUCCCUACCUUCGCAUCCGUCGAUGACUACGCCGAGAUGCUGGGUCAAGAGGAGGAUGAGGACUACGCAUGA